AUGGAUAGAAAGAAGUUAUAAUUUGAAAGCAAUUUGAAAAAUAAUUGUUAAGAUCUCAUGGCUGGGAUAAGAGAAACGAAAGCUAAAGUCAAUGAAAUUCGUUCUAGGUGUGAUUCAAUAAAACGAGGAAGUUCUAAGUAUUUAAUUUCAUGAUAAUUAGAUAACCUUACGAAGUAAAUAAUAAGUCUUAUGAAAUUUCGACAAAAACAAGUGGAAGUUUUAUAAUAACAAAAGACAAUGAUGUUAGUUAUCUAAAAAAGAAAAUUGAAGAAUUACAAUUUAGAAUUGAUUCAUAAGAUGUAAAACUAAAGGCAAGAGAAAAGGAGAUUGUUUACUAAUAAUCUCAAAUUAAAUAAUUUGUUAUAGAGAUUAAUGAGAUUCAAAUAAUUGAAGAAAAUUAUAAAGAAGAAAUAUCAGUUUUGAAUAAAGAAUUAUCAUAAUGGAAAGAAAAAUACUUUGCUAAUCUCAAGGAAUAUUAAUUUAGACAAGCUUAAUUAUCUCGAUAAUCUUAAUAAGAGCAAGGUAUUAUGAGAAAGAAGUAUGAAGAAAUUAUUGAAUAAUAAUAAAAAGAAAUAGAAUCUAUUGAAAUUAGAUUUGAAAAUGAGAGAGAAAACCUCUAUAAAGCUCUCGAUUUAUAAAAUAUAAACAUUUAGAAAAAUAAUGAGUUAAAUGUAAACAGAAAUUAUUUUUUAGGAAUUACUAAAAAAAUUAGAAGAAAGAGAAAUUGAAACCCAAAAAUUAAAAGAAAAAAUUUAAGUAUUAGAAACAAAUAAGGAUGAAUUAAAAUUACAUUUGCAAUAAUAAUUAUCUAAACUUAAUGAAUAAAUAAACAAAAAUAAUUAUGUAUUAAUUCUAUUUAUUAACUUAGAUAGAAUAAUAAAGAAGUUAAGAAAUUUAAAAUCUACAUUUACAAUUAUCAGCAAAAGAGAAACAAAUCCACAGUUUACAAAUUUAAAUUGGGGAAUCAAGAAAUAAAACUAAUUUAUAAGAUUAAGAAAAAUUAUUACAAUUAGAAAAUCUUAAUAAUUAACUUGUUGAAGAGAUAAGUUUACUUGAGGAUGAAGUUGCCAAAUUAAAAUUAUAAGCUAAAGAUUUUUCUAAAAUUCCUUCUUUAGAAAAAGAAAAUGAAAAUCUAUAAAUGAUUAUUUAAUAAUAGAAACAGCAGAUACUGGAGUAAAAAUAAUAAAUUAAGUUAUUUUAAGAAGAAAUUAGUUAAUUUAAAAUGUAAAAUUAGAAUAAAUCUAAUACAACGUAACUUGAAUAAGAUAUUAAAUAUCAUGCAAGAUUAUUAAGUGAAAUAUAGGAAGAAAAUGGAAAACUUUAGAAUUAAUAAAAAAAACUUGCUGAAGAACUUAUAAUUUUGAAGAAGAAUAAUGAAGAAUUAUAAUAAUAAUAAGAAAUAUUAUUAGAAGAUCUCGAAAAUAAGGAUAUGAAAAUAUAACAAUAAGAAAUAGAUAUUGAUUAAUUAAAAUAAAAUAAUUUAGUAUAUUCAAGUUAAAAUUAAUAAAUUAUUGAAUUAGAAUAAAAAAGCUUAAAAUUAAAUUAGUAAAUAGAAAGAUUAAAUUUGAUUAUAAAAGAAAAGGAUGCAGAAAUACUUUAUUAAUAAGAUUUACUGUUAAAAUAGAAUUUAAAUUCUAAAAAUUUUGACCAAUUAAUAACAUAAUAAAAAGCUGAAAAUAAAGAGUAUUAAAUUAAAAAUAAUUAAUUCCAAAAUGAAGUAUCUAUUUUAUAAACAUAAAAUAAAGAAAUUUAGGAAUAACUUCAAAAAUCUUAAUUGGAGGUUGAAUCAUUAACAAAAAUAAAUGAAGAGAAUCUAAUUAAAAUUAAUUCUUUAGAGAAAGAGAAAUAAUUUAUUAAAAAUAAUUUUGACCACCAUUAAAAAGAAAUUUAAAAAAAAGAAGCUGAAAAAUUAUCAAACUUUGCUUAAUUAGAAAAUGAAAAUGCAAAACUUUAUUAAUAGAGAAACAAAUUAUAGGAAAGAAUAGGAGAAUUAGAAGAAGCAGCAAAUUAGCAAUUUAUUGAAAUAAAUAAUCUAAAAGAAUAAAAUGAAGAAUUAUUAAAUAAUUUGAAAACUAAUUAAUAGAAAUAAGAAAGUUUAAAUAUUAAUGAGCAAUUAUAGAAUUUAAGUAUAAAAUGUUAGGAGUAAUAAAAUAAUAUAAAUGAGAAAGUAGAAUUAAUCUAAUAAUUAUAAUAAUAAAAUAAAAUUUAAGAACAGAAAAAUUCAUAACUAAAUAAAGAAAUUGAAUAACAAAAAAUAAAUAUCAAAUAACUUAAUGAUUCUUAUGCAUCUAAAAUUAAAGAAUAAUAAGAAAUAAUCUAAGAAUUAGAAUAGAAUUUGUAAAUAUAAGAAGAAGAUGCUGAUUAGUAGGAAUUAAUUAAUGAAAACGAUUUGUUAAAACAGUAAAAUUUAGAUUUAGAAAACCAACUUAAUUAAUAGAUUAAUGAUGAUGCUGAAGAAAUAGACAAAUUGGAAUAACAAAUUUUUCAUUAUAAAUAAAAUAAUGAAGAGUUAAAAUUAAAGUUUGAAGAAUUGUAAUUAAUGGUGGAUGAUUUAUAAAAAAGAAUUUUAGAAAAAGAUGAAGAAAUAAAAUAAAUUACAUUUGAAUUUUAAGAAUAAUAAGAGGAUUCUAAAAAAUAGAUAGAAGAUUUAUAUAAUAAUUAAAAAGAGUAGGCUAUUGAAUUAAGUGAAAAUCAAAAAAUUAUUUAAGAUUUAGAGACAACUAUUUUUGAAAAAGAUGAAUAAAUAAAUCUUCUUUAAUAGUAAGGGCCAUAGAGUUAAUUUAUAAAUAAGGAUAAUGAAUAGCUUAAUAUGUAAUUAAAAUAAUAGAAAGAAUAAAUUGAAGAUUAAAAGUUAAUAAUACAAUAGUUAGAAUAAAAAAAUAAAAAUUAUGAAUCUUAAUUAAAAUAAAAAAUUUUAGAUCUUAGAUAAUUGAAUUUAGAAUCUUAAUUAAUAGAAAUAAAAUUAACAAAAGAAAUUGAUGAUUUAAAAAAUAAAGCAUUUGAAGCAAUUUAAUAGAAAAUGAAAUAUGAAAAUGAAUUAUCGAAACUUUAAUAAAAUUCAUAAAAACAGAUUGAUUUAUCUAGAAUAGAACCAUCAAAUUAGCAAAAUGCAUUUGAGAAUGAAAAUCUUAGUAAUAAUGAAUUAGGAUAGGCUCCUGAAGAUGAAAAUAAUAUGGAAGAAGAAUAUUCAUAAACAUUUGAAGAAUAUUAAGAAGAAAUUAAUGUUAAAAGUGUAGAUGAAUAAGAUAAAUAAAAAGAAGAUCAAAUAAAUAUGUUAGAAAAUGAAGAAGCUUUUGAACUAGGGAAUACAUAAAAACAAGAUGAAAGUUCUGAUUUAGAAUUAAAAGAAUCUAUUGGAGAAAUAAUUAAAAAUUAAAAAAAUUUAUAAAAAAAAAUAGAAUAAAAUUAAAAGGAUUAAUCUUAAAUUAAAUAAUAAAUUCAAAAUGUAGAUUUACUUGAACUUUAAGAACCAGAAAUUAAGAUAAUAUAAAUGAUUUAAGAACCUUAAAUAGAAUUAGAUUAAUAAUAAGAAGUUGAAACUGCAGCAGAUUAAGAAAACGAUAAAGAAAAACUAAAUAAUAAUAUUUUAAUAUAAAUUUAAGAAAAUAAUAAUAUUUAAAAAGAGAAUCAUAUGAAAAAAGAAAAUAAUUAAAAAGUAUUUUAGUAAAAUGAUAUUUUGGAUUUAUUCGAUCUUCAGGAACCUAUUGAAGAGAUAAUUUAAGCUGAGCAAUAUGUUUAGUUUGAAUUAGAUUAAGAGAAUUUUGAAUAGCAAGAACCUCAAGUUUAAAUUUAAGUUAUAGAAGAUGAAGUUUAAAAAAAAUAAGUAUAGAAACCUUAAGAAUUUGAGGGGUAAUAUUUAGAAGAUGAAUAAGAGUUAUAUGAUAAUUAAUAAAUAGAAUGA